AUGACAGGAUCUGAAAAUGAAAAUUUGGAUUUAAUUCGUUCAUCGUUAAAAUUUUGUCCAAAUUUCCCGAAGAAAGGAAUUACAUUCAUCGAUAUUUUCGGUGUUUUUGCUAAUCCAACAGCUCAUCGUGCUUUAAUUGAUAUUAUUUUAAAUCGUGUAAAAAAAUUGAAUACAAAAAUUGAAGCUGUUGCCGGACUUGAAGCUCGCGGAUUUGUAUUUGGUCCACAAAUUGCUUUAGAACUACAAGUACCAUUUCUUCCUGUUCGAAAACAUGGAAAGCUACCAGGAAAACUAGUUAAACUUGAUUAUGAUCUUGAAUAUGGUAAUGAAAAUCUUUGUAUUUAA